CAGGGUUCAACUGGAUCCAAAUCAUUCUCCAAUUUACCAAUUCAGUCGAACGUCACCAAUUGCAUCAAUGGGCCAAGCUUCUUCCACCACCUCUGCCGCUUCCUCUACGCCGGCCGCGGUCUCUGAGCCCGUGCCCGAGAACUCGAUGCUCGACGUGGAGCUCGAGAUCGUGUCGGCCAAAGACAUCGCGGCCGGCGACUAUUUCACCGUCAAGGCUGCGGCCAAGGGCCACGUGGCCUCUAGUGACGCCUAUGCUUUGAUCGAGGUGGCCGGCCAGAAGGUAGCCUGGACGCGGCCCGUCUUCUCCACCCUCGAUCCUGUGUGGAACGAGAAGUUCUUCUUCAAAAACGUCAAGCCCGACACAAUCUGCAAGCUUUACCUGUUGGAUAAGGACUUCGAGGCCGACGACGCCCUCGGCCAGACGCAGUUCACAGCGGCCAACACUGACGGCGCUGAGACGACCUUCGAUCUGCCUAUUAAACGCAACGACAAGGCGGCCGGCUCCAUUGUGGUCAAGGUCAAGUCACAUCCGAUGCCGGCCAUCGGCAACGGCCAGUUGCAACAGGUUGGCCCGGUCCACUACUCGGUGCACUCGAGCUACAUCAACGGCCUCAUCACAGACACCACGACGGACGAGGACAAGCGCGAGUCUUUUGCCUACCAUGUCCAGUUGCACGACAUCCCGGCCUUCCUGGCCCAGGACAACGAAUGGAACCACAACCAUCAGUCCGUUGUGAAGAUCUUCUCGCCUGACCACCCGGAGGCGCCUAUGCUACGUAAGGCCAUUGCAACGGAGCACGCUAUGGUCUACAAACACGACGCGGACACGGUCUACGGUGAGUUUAACGGCCCGGCCGACUUCUUUAACCUGUUGCACGACGGCAAGCGGCUCGACAAGCCCGUGCUCUUCACAUACGCAAUUAUCGAGACGGGCUGGUACUUUUCGGAGACCGGUGCGGCAUUCUUUAAGGACAUUUUGUCCAAGCACAUGUUGCACUCCGGUGCGCAGUUCAAUGUUAAGUACGCGGGGGAGUUCCACAUUGAGCAGGAACCUUCGGGCGAGUUCAAGUUGUUCAUCGACAACAACAGCGGCACGUACGCGCCGCCCAAGGAGGAGUUACCGCAACUUAAGGCGUUGCUGGAGACGAACUUCCCCGGUAUUGCGAUCGAAGCGCUGGACCGUAGUAGCCCAGAGCUUAAGGAGAAGCGCAAGGAAAUCCUGGACGCGUGGGCCGCAUAAUAAAAAAAAAAUGACCAAGUCGGCCACAAUAAUUUGCAAUUCAAUACUCAAUUUAGUGGCGGCAACUGCUACGUCUUCCAACCCUGUGGAAUUGACUGUAGCAGUAAAAUACAAAGUGCAGGUUAUAAAAUUAUGUUGAGAUAUUCCCUAUCAAUUUCUUUAUUUGAGCUUUUUUUGUUUGGUAAAUUUCUUUUCCGAAAUAAAAAAAAAACUUGAAUGAGGCCA